AAAUGGCGGACGAAGAGGCGUACCUGACGGUGUCCGGGGAGCGCAUCGCGUUGCAGCGCCGCCACUACAGCGCCUCCUGCCGGGAGUUCCUGGUGCGCUGCCCGCGGCUGCAGCUGCGGUCGGUCAGCGCCGUCACUUGCUCGGUGUGGCUGGUGGCCUACGGGCUCUUCGUCCUCUGCCAGAACAGUGUGGUGCUCUCUGCUGCUAUAUUUGUCACACUGAUUGGCCUGCUUGUGUAUCUGCACUUUGUGAAGAUUGACCAGGAGUCCCUGCUAAUCGUUGGCUCACUUGGAAUACAGAUGACUUCAUCCUAUGCUUCUGGCAAAGAGAGUACAACUUUUAUAGAGAUAAACCAGGUAAAAGAUGUGGUCAUCAAUGAAGCCAUCUACAUGCAAAAGGUUAUCUAUUAUCUAUGCAUACUUCUUCGGGACCCUGUAGAACCUCAUGUAGUUUCUGAGGUAGUUCCACUAUUUCAGAGCUCCAAGCCACGCCUAGAUUGUCUUGUGGAAGUGUACAGAAGUUGCCAAGAAAUCUUGGAGCAAAACAAGAAAUCUUGAUAUUGACCUGUAACAUGAAAUCUUUAUCAAGGUAGCCACAUUGCCAAGAUUUUUUUUUAAAUAUGCAGGAUGGCAAACAUUAACAUGAACUUGAAUGUGUGGAUAACUUGAUGGAAAUGGAUUCUAAUGGACCAGAGAACUGAAAAUUGCAAUUGUGCUUUGGGCAAGGACUGAACAUACUGUCUUGGAGAAACAUUGGGAAAAAUUCUAAACCAGAAACCAGACUCCAUCUAUUCUUGGUCAACAUGAUGUUGGAAGAAACUCAAGAAUAACUUUCUUUUCUGUUAAAAAUUAACUCUGCCUGAGUGAAUGGAAAUCUACAAGGAAAGUUCAGCAGAAAGGGAUGAGUAUUACAUAACAUCUUGCUCCUCUUCCUAGUGGAAGUAGAUGAAAGAAGAGAAGCUGGCAGCAGCAUUAAACUGUUUUCUGAGGGCUGAACAUUGUUUCAUGGAACCUGCUUAUGUCUAUCUGAUACACCUAUCACAUAUGCAGGCUUGUCAUUAGGAUUCUGUCAUUGUUAUUGUGUGAUCAAAAUGCUAGAUUCUCGGGUUUCUUUCAGAAAUAGUUGUACUUUUAUCAGUAUUUACCUGGUUUACAAUUAGUAUAGAUCCCUUCUCUCCCUGGAUCACUAAAAAAUACAAAUCACCGAGAAGUGCACAGUGAGUCAUUCUCAAGUCUUAACCCCUAAUGCACCACACAGGAAUCUGCUUUUGGAAAUGGGACUUCAGAAGUGAUAUGGCAGGGGAUGGGUGGGGGUUACCUUUGCAAGAAAACCCACACCAUUCUCUCACAGUUCAUAGAUAUGCCGUUUGCACUGUGGAUUGGUAAACUGUAAAAUGGUAAAACUCAUUCAGUGAUUUAUGUUGAAUUUCUAUACUGUCACCCUAAGCAGAAUGACUCCUUCCUAAAUCCAUUGAAGGUGAUGCAGUUAGAAGAAUGUAACUUUAAAGUAUAUGCUUUAAAUCUUGUAAUUAAAAAAAAACACCCUCAUCUAUAUAUCUAACAGCCAACAACUAGUCUCUGUUCUGAUGGUUACAAUCUGAGAGACUAUCCAAAUUUGCAGAAAAAUCUUAGUUUAAAGAAAAAGCUAAUUUUUGGGAUACCUACCCCUAGUUAAUAGAGAUGUCCAUACAUGCACAAAUGUUACCCUCCCCCCACAACCCUGCCAGAAUUCGAAUGGCAUUUUGGGUUUUUGUAGCAGUUUCAAAUGAUGAAUGAAAAUGGGCAACGUGGUAGCCUCGGAAAAAGUUAAGGCAGGUAGCCAGUGGAGGGGGUAAAGUGGAGGUAGAUUUUCCCUCCUCUGCAAGCCCUCAGAAGUUCCCUUUUUAAUAUUUUAAAAAUUAUAUCAAAUCUACUUUUCCCCUCUCAUUCAAAGCUAUUCCAAACAAAAGAAAUUCUAGAUAGUGUUUGAGAUGUGUUUGAGAUUCUAGACAGUGUUUGAGAAGUGAGAGAGGUCCACACUUGUGGGGUAGCCAUCAAAGAUAUCUCUUUAGUGCUUUCAUAAUACAAGCAAAGGUGGUCUGUGAUAGGUAUGUAAGACUUUGUAGUAGAUCAAAGCAAAAAAAAUUGAAUUUUGUCCAGAACUCACCAGUGCAAAUGCUGUACCACUGGUAUAAAUUUGCUUUUCACUUUAAUCCCAUGUUAAUGGGUGCUUCACCAUGUUCUGCAUCAGCUGAGCACCAGAUCAAAAACAGAGUAGAACUUAGUGCCAUGUGCACACUAUGAUUAUAAACCUCUGUAUAGCCUCAUUGAACAGGAGUAGGAGAAAGAGAAAUCAGAUGAAACUCUUCAGGGAAGAUCCCACAAAGGGAAAACUAGGAGUAGGGCAGGUUUGUGAGCAAUUGAUUCCCCAAAAGUCACAACAUCUCAAGGCCACUGGCAGACCUAAUACAGCAAUAGGGCAUGAUAUCAUCUUCUGUUCUCUAGGUGAAGUCACAAGUGCAGACUUAGUGGCAUACAGUCAUUUGUUGCAAUGUAACAAAUAGUGGUUUGAUGACAGACUGCAAUCAUCAGUCUGCUGAUCCAGCACAAAAUAUUAGCUGUUCUUUAAAUCUUUAUUUCUAAUUUUCAGGAGAGCUAGCUCAUCAAGACACAUUUUUUAAAUUUUCUCUGGGCUUUAGUUCUUUCAGUAUUCUUCAGCUUCUUUGCUUAUUGUGUUAAUUAUGCUCCUUAAUCAAUGUUGAAACCACCUGUUUAUAGCACAGUUGCUGAGAAACAAAUUUGAUAUAGAAUUUCUUAUGGAAAGAAUACAAAGAAACAAAGUUUUCUCUGCUUUGCUAUAAGACAUAAGUUUAUUAUCUUUUUUUGCAGCCUUUCAUAUACAAGACUAGUAUGUACAAGAUUUUGUUAGUCAGUCUGCUCCUGCUGCACCUAAUGUCCUGUUAGGGCCAGAGAGCUGGUCAGAAUAAAAUUAAGUAAUCUCUGCUACAGUAGAAUCUCACAAAGAAGUCAGGGAAAUUAACAUAAUUUCUGAAUUCAAACUAUAAAUAGGUAUGUGGUUGCAUGACAGCCAAUGUGGACCAAUGGGGAGAGACUUGGACUUGGGUCUGGAAAUCAUGUUUCAAGUUUGUGUUCAACAAGCAAGUUAAUGUAACUCUGCCUUGGUUCCUCAGUUAUAUGAUAAGAACAAUUUUGAAUUAUUUCAUAGAGGAACGGAUAGGGCAAGCAUGAUUAUAAAAAAAUGGAAAGUUCUUUUAAUUUGCAACUUGCUGUUAUCAAAAGAAAUGCAUUCCCUAAUGUGGCUGCUAUUUGAAUGGCUUUGGUGUUUCUUUAAAGUGGGAGCAACAUAGACGAGAGUGUUGGAAAUGCAUCCUUAGUACAAAUGGUUUAACUGCCUGAAAUUUCCAACUAUCUAAUCCUAAAGUAAAUUAUUUUGAAAUUGAUGUGAUGAACUUUUGUGUAUCUGAAAGUAAAUAGAGCAUAGGCAAUUGACUAAUUAUGUUCUUGGCUUUCAAGAACUACCUUGGUAGCUUAAAGACAAUACAUUAUCACAUACCUUUAUCUUUCAAAGCAACAUUUGUACUAGUAACAGUAGUCAGCACAUGCAGAAAUAAAUACAAUAUAGUAGCUAGAACAUUACAAAGAUAUUUUCAAAACAUGCACCUAUGAUUAGGACUACUGAAUGAGGAGACCCAGGUUCAAAUUCCCACUGAGCCAUGCAGCAUACUUGCAGUGCCAUUCUAAGAAAAACUACACCCUUCUCAGUCCACUGUAGUCAAUGACUUUAAAAGGGCAUAACUCUGCUUAGAAUGAAACUAAGAGAGACCUUGGCAACACACUCUUAAUAGCAAGAGCUUGGGAACAGUCCUUUACGUACAGUAGAUAACACAGGGUACAGAAUCUCUGUUACGUACAACAUUUAGGGAUAUUCUCUAACAGUCAUUCAAGUAUUUGUUAAAUCUCUCAAAUCACUUGCUUAUUUAAAUUUUAGAAAAUUCAGUUAAAACAUGGCAUGAAUUCUCCUAUUGCUACCCUGUUUUACAUAAUCUUGAUUCAGUCAAUAGGCUGUGGAUGUUUUUGGCAAAACAGUUUUUUCCCCAUCUGUGUUAUAGUAUCUGGCUAUGUAGAAUCAUUCAGUUCAAGCGGAGUCCCCCCCUCAGAUUGCCAUCACCUGGUUUAUGACCAUUUGUGGUGGUGGAAAGUGACAUUUAACGGCAGCUAGCGUAUGAUGAUUCCAUAGGGUUUUUCAAGGCAAGAGACAUUCAGAAGUGAUUUACCAUUGACUGCCCCUGCAUUGUGACCCUAUACUUCCUUAAUGGGCUCCCAUCCAAGCACCAACUAAGACUGAUCUUAGUUAGCUUCUGAGAUUUGAGAAGAGUGGGCUAGCCUUAGCUAUUCAGGUCAGGGUUACGUUAUGUUUGUUUUUUUCCAAAUUUAUAUCCUGCCCUAUUCCGGCAGUUAGCAUUCCUAAAACUCCCCACCACAUAUAGCAUUUCCCAAUAUUCUCUAGGAAAAACAUUCCACAGAUUUCCUAUUGCUUCAUAUCUGGUCAAUAGUGGAUGGGAUGAAUAAUUGUUUUUGCACAUCUUUGGGAUACCCAUUAAAUGGUUUUAAAACUGUCUGAUUUUAUCUUGAGUAAUCCAAGUCUAUGCAUGCUUCUUUGGAAGUUAGCCCACUGAGUUUAUUAGGACUUUCUCCAAGGAGGCAUGCAUAGGACUAUUUUUUUCUUUUAGUUAAACAUAAACAGUUACUUCAGCAACAGGAUUUGACUUCAAGAUCCAUAAUUCUCCUUAUAACUCAUCUUUCCAGUGUGUCAUUAAGAUCUUAAUUCUCUCAGAAAACAACACUACAUGCUUCUUAAGUAGUUUGUUAAGGGCAAAAUUAUAUGUUACAUAGAACAUGAGUCUGGCACUACAAAUGAUACACCCCAUGCUGAAUUCUCCAUAAUUUACAGAAUCAUCCUGCUUUGUGAUAUGAUGACAUAAUUGAUUACUCCCAUUCUGCACUGUAUCACUUUCAUCACAGGGGGCACCCUAAAAUGGCAUUGGUUGUUAUGCCACUGUCACAGUAUUACAGUGAUAACUUAUCCCAUCCUAAUAUCCUCUAAUAGACAAAAAGGUAAAUAGCUGCACUGGUCCAUAUAAUCCCAAAACAGGACACCUAUGCAUUCUGUUCAGCAUCAGAGAGACAUUUGAUCAACUACUGGUUAUUGCAUUUCAAUUGGAUGGCUGCGUUUUUGCUUCUGGUUCCCAGCAGGCCAAAGUCCUAAACUAUUAUUAACCAUACUGUGUGCACUCUAUAGUUGACAAAGCCUACUACAUAUAAUACUGUUCAAGAAACUGUAAGAUCCUAACCAGCUAUGUUUUUAUUCCCACAUUUCUUUUUAUACUUUAAGCAUCCAGUCUGAUUAAAAAUUCUGGAAAACUCAAAA